CCUCUGUUUCUCUUUUUCGCAGUGUCACAGGCUCCAAACCAUAGAAACUAAAAACACUUCGUUUCUUUACCCAGCGGCCCUCCACGCUGCGAACAGGUGAUGUAAAUACUUUCAAAUUAGACUCAGACUCGAGCUCUUUGCAGUUUGUUUGCUUUAAUAGACUGAGUACAACUCCUUCAUGUCAGACUGUGGAAGCUCCAGCGGUUCUCCGGCAGGCCUCGCUGUUCACCGAGUGAGCAUCAGCUCUCGCAGCGCGGUUGGGUGGGUCCAGCUCGUCCACAGAGGCAGCAUGGAGCCGGUGCAUCGCUAGCUUUCUAGCCUUUGUGAUUUAACAGCUUCAGAAAGCGAUGAAUCGUAUCGGCGGUGAGCUAUUUAGCUUGGAGGUUACUGCUAUUGGAGUUUGGCUGUCAGAAUGAACGGCACUCAGCAGCAGAGCGAUACAAAGAGACAGCACCUCCUGGAGAGGCUGCUGGAUGCUGUAAAACAGUGCCAGAUUCGCUUUGGAGGAAGAAAGGAGAUUGCCACAGACUCAGACAGUAGGGUGAUCUGCCUGUGUGCCCAGUUUGAGGCGGUGCUGCAGCACGGCCUGAGGAAGAGCAGAGGUCUGGCCCUCACUGCUGCUGCUCUUAAGCAGGCUGCAGGCUUCAGCAGUAAGACGGAAGCAGAGUUGACUUUCUGGUUUUAUGUGAAGGAGCAUCUGAACCGCCAUGAGCUCCAGCGCUUCUAUUCCCUACGCCACAUCUCCUCAGAGCUGGGCCGGGGUCGUGCAUGGCUGCGCUGCGCCCUCAAUGAGCACUCGCUGGAGCGCUACCUUCAUACACUGCUGGCUGACCGCCCACGUCUGGGAACUUAUUAUGAAGACUGGGCCUUUAUUCUUGAUGAAGAGAGAGCAAGUAUGCUUCCCACAAUGGCUGCAGGUUUGAACUCGAUCCUGUUUGCCAUCAACAUCGACAACAGUGACCUGAACGGUGGCGUAACACGAGGAGGCUCAUCAGUGUCCCACCUCCUCAAGGAGUCCACACAGGGCAUAGGCAGUCUUUGGAAGGAGUCCACUCAGGGCGUUAGCAGCCUGCUGCGAGAGAUCAGCACCGCCACGGCCGUAGUGCCUGGCUUCACCCCCAGAGUGGACGGAGCCUCGGACCCACUACCCGUCCUGCCACGCAGCACCUCUGCUGAUUCAGGACUGAGGAAGGAGCGUCGGAGGAAAAAGAAGAUCACCAACAUUAUUUCCUUUGAUGAUGAUCUGGAUGGAGGGGCAGAGGAUGAGGAGGAAGGAGAGGAAGACUCUCUAAAAGCAAGUGGGAUGAGGAAGAGUCACACCGCCCCGGCUCAGAGCAGCGUUGAGGAAGGGAUAGACCCUUUGGAGCCGGCCUUCUCAGAUUUUCCCACGCUGAAUGGCCUGGCAGAGCCGGGCAUCGUCAACUGGGUGGGUUCCCCCCAUCCCUGCCGCACAACUCCCACACCUCCCCUGCCUGACAGAAAGAGCAUAGAUAAUGAAGAGGAGGAGGAAGAGGAAGAGAUGUACAAACCCAGAAGACAAACCCAGGAGGAAGAAAAGAUCCCCAAUGAUCAAUUGGUGGUGGGCAGUCUGUCCAGUGUGUCCACGUGGAGUCCUGUGCAGGUCAUGGCCAAUCAGACCACCUCAGACAUUCUGAUUCCCCUGAACCCCACAGACUCUCAACCAGUGAGCUCUGUGGAGGACACAGCUGCAUUUCCUGUUCAGUGUGAGUCAACAGGAUCGGUUGAAAACUGUGAGAGCAGCAGAUCACAGCUGACUUUCAAUAUGGAGUCCAGUCCACCAGUGCAGCCUGCUCCACUCUCCGGUGUGCUGCCAACAUCUGGUCUGCCAGAGUCCAUGACAGUGGUGGAGCUGCGUCAGGCCAUUGUAGCCAUGAUGAACAGGAAGGACGAGCUGGAGGAACAAAAUGCGUCUCUUCGCAGUCUGUUAGAUGGGGAGAUGGAGCACUCAGCAGGCCUGAGGCAGGAAACUGAUUUGCAGAAGAAGAAGCUGGCAGAGCUGGAGGAGAGACAUGCAGCCAAGGUCCAGGCGCUGGCCAGGGAGAAUGAGGUCCUGAAGGUCCAGUUAAAGAAGUAUGUGGGGGCUGUGCAGAUGCUGAAGAGAGAGGGAGGCCAGGGCAACGACGCCUUGACAGUGUUGAGGUCAAGUGAGGAGCAGACCCCUGUCCAGCAGAGUAAGUUCAUGGGUGACAUUGAAGAGCUGGCCUCCAGCUAUGAACGCAAACUUAUUGAGGUGGCCGAGAUGCACGGUGAGCUGAUAGAGUUUAAUGAGCGCCUAUAUCGUUCCCUCAUGGCCAAAGACCACCUCAUUGUCCAGAUGAGACAGGAACUCAUUGACCUCAGAGGACCGGUUCCAGGUGACUUAAGCCAGACCUCAGAUGAUCCUAGCCUGUCAGAUUUUGAGACGGCUCAUCGUGCUCUCAUCAACGUGUGGAUCCCCUCUGUGUUCCUGCAGGGCAGAGCCGCGAACGCCUACCAUGUCUAUCAGGUUUAUAUCCGCAUCCUGGAUAAUGAGUGGAAUGUGUACAGGCGUUACACAGAGUUCAGAGAGCUCCACAACCACCUGAGAACCCAGUUUCCACGAGUGGACACCUUCAACUUCCCACCCAAGAAAGCCAUAGGGAACAAGGAUGCCAAGUUUGUGGAGGAAAGGAGGAAGCAGCUGCAGGGCUACCUUCGCAUGGUGAUGAACAAACUGAUCCAGGCGCUGCCAGAGUUCACAGCCAGCCCUACCAAGGAGACCCUGCUGUCUUUGUUGCCUUUCUGUCAAGACACUCCCCAGACCAACGACGGUGGAACCAAGACACCACGAUCCAGAACUUCAUCACGCUUCCCCAGACUGGGACGCAGCCACACCCAGGAAGCCAGACCUGAGCCUCAGAGUGGUGAUCUUUGAGCUCUUUGAACUGAUAAUGAGGACUGACAAGUGUUGAUGGAUCAACAUGCCAGCUCAAAGAAUGUGAAGAUAUUCAGACUUUCUGGUGGACCUGAAAGCAUCAGAGAUUAAAAAAAAAAAAAAGCCUUAGAUAAAAGAUGAAGAUGGAUGCAUUUGCAUUACAUUCCUGUCUUGGAGACUAUCUAAAUGUUUCUGUGUUGGAUGGCUGAACAAGGGAUAAAUGACUCCCCCUAUGGUUGCCUGUUGAUGGGGCCCAAACAUACAGCACCUCUUACCUCACUAAGAGACCAAAAGACUGCAAACUGCACAUGGACAAGCCUCAACUUCUCUGCCUUAUCUCAAAUACACUGAGAUAAUGGGGAUGUGCUUUUUUUUUUUUUUUUACUCUGCCCAGUUUUGUAGUGAAAGUGUAUCAUGGUCACAGUGCCUACCUACCGUGUUUUGUAGCUGCUUUCCUGCUCUGGGUGGGGAGGGAGGGGUGUGCAGAGAAGUGACAAGGGGAUAAAUUAAAGUCUUCUCUUGGGGAAUGAACAUUGUUUUUCAGCUAUUGUCAGCGUUCUGGUGCCAUCACAUUUUAGACGACAAUGGUUCACAAUCAAUGGUUCACGAUGCAGUGGGCAUUCCUUUUUCCUACUUCUGUUAUGCUGCUGUUAUGGCUUUUAUAAAUGAUGUGCAGAAGGUGUAACCCAUCUUAAUGUCACUACAGAGACGGCACCUUUCAACAGCCUUUACUUAAUUUACACUUAAUAACAAAAUUGGGUCAAAACUCUACAGAUGUUUGCUUUCAAACUUUCCCCCAGAUGUAGAAAGAUGGAAACAGCCUCGCAAUAUAAAACAUAGCAGCAUUCAGCUAAUCUGUGCAUCAGAAAUGACUUUUUAAAUGUUUAAAAUGUCACAAUUUCUGAUCAACACAACUAAACUUCACCCAAUCUAUUCUUUAGAGUGAAAACAGUUUUAGUUCAGGCCAAAAAAUGCAAAAGCACAAAAAGCAUCAAAGUAAACUCUCAUCGCAUGGAGUUAUUUCCUCCCGUUUAAUGGGAAACCUACACAUGAGAUCAGAACUGACCAUAAUUUACUGUCUGUCACAAAUUAGGCCUUCCUCUGGCAGCAGUAAGAAUAAUGACUAAAUUGUUUUAUAUUAUUAUGGAGGAUGGAUGUAGACAAUUUGCCUUGUUUGGGAAAAAAAUGAUUCUUUACAUCCUUAUAUUAGCGGGUGUGCCUGUCAAACUGGGUUUGCUGAUAUUCUGAUACUCUUUACAGUAGUAAAAGAAACACUUUGUAUUCAAUCCCUUUUUAAAGAUGCUGUCUAGUUGUAGCAUCUCAUAAAACAAACAUUAAGGAAUGAAUGAAAAACUGUAAUUGGCUGUUUUUUUAAGUUUGUAUUUUAGUGCAGACAGAUGACAAAGACAAUGACUCAUCAGAACAUUCAACAUUUAGCACAAUUUAUCUAUUAAGAUCUAUUUGUAUUCAUAAAAGCAUUUGUUUGUAGUGGGAAAAUUUGCCUAAAUGAGUUACAGUAAAGCCAUAAUUUCCAAUGGUUUGAUCACUCUUGUAAAAAUAUACAUAAAUUAUACAAAUACAAGUAAAUGAUGAAAAAAACUUAAUACAUAAACAUAUCCAGAAUUUUUUGGAGUAGUCCCCUUUUGAAUUGUUCACCAAUCUGUCUACAAGUUAAAAUAAUAUUUACUCACAUCUGAGAAGAAAUGAAAGGUCAUUUUAAACCAGUGCCAUUAUUAUAGAUGGGUAAAGGUGAACUGGCUGAAAUGCAGAAGCUAGUAUUUAAACGAUUGUUUAUGUGUCUUAGCAUGAUUUAAUGCAACAUUAAGUUGCAAAAGAACAAAAUACUUAAAGAGAAGCUGCUUGUUAGAUUGCAUGGAAAGGCCUGCUGAGCAUCAAGUGUGUGCAAAGCCAAAGGCCAUGCAUUAUAUAUGGAUUACCGGGAAGUAGUCAGAGACUACGUUCAAACCAGGAGUGAUGGUGUUGGAAGUAUUUUGGAAAACUUGAAUCAAAGAGGAAGUUUCUGUUGACUGUUGUUGACGUGAAGCAAAUAAACAAGGCUUGUGGGUGUUUCAUGAGGUUGUUAUUUUGAGGCAGAGAUGACCCUCAGCCACUGGUAAACACCUCUUAGAAAGCUCGGACAGUAAUCCUGUGUAAUAAAGGGUUUUUAUGAGACUUUUAAUGGUAAAACUGUCAGAUUGAUAAUGUGCUGAGCUGGCAAAUAAUAUAUCUACAAGGAGGGGAUAGUAUCAAAACUUAUUAAGACAGAUUUGAUACAAUAAUGUCGUCUUUUUUCUAAAUUUGGCAAACUGCACAGUUGUAUUCUGUUUGAACGUUUCAUGUAAUCUAAACAUGAGUUCAUAUCCUUUUUAGUGCUACAAUAAACCAUGUUUUUUUAUGUAUUAAUGCUUUAUAUAAAUUAAAAGAAUCAGCCCGCAGGAUCACAUUACUGUAUAAUCUGUACAGCUGGCAGACAACUUUGUCACUUGGCCAUUAUAACAAUAAACAAGUAGCCUUUUCAUGAA